AAAAAAAAAAAUUUUUUUUUCGUCUCCCAAAUUCGGCGUUUCAUAUUCAUCAACAACAAAACUAAGAUGACCAAUGAAAUUCGAAAUUCGAAUGUGAUUGGAACCCACAGACACAUUAAUUCAAUCAAAACACAUGAAAAUCACAUGAAAAUCGAAAACAUUCAACAAUAGAUUUUUCGAAUUGUUGUUGCCUUGGUCAUUUUUUUUUUUUUUUUUUUUUGAAAAUUUCAUCCAUUCAAAUAACUAUGUCAACCAAUUGAGUGUGUGUGUGUGUAUGUUUAUGAAAUGUAAUGAAAAACAACGAUUAAAACGUCUGUUAUCAUCAAAUGCCUACUAACCCAGAUUUUAUUUCUUAUGACUUUUUGGUGGUGCUGCUCAUGACUAGAUUGGUUCAAGACUCGUGACAUGAACUUUUUUCUUGAUUCUCUUAAUCUGUUCGGUAUUUUUUCAUGUGUGUUUGUGUGUGUGUGUUUAAAUUGUGAUUGAAUUUCCAAUGAAAAAAAAGUGAAACUUUGUACACGAAUCAUCAUCAUAAUUAUGGACUAAUAUUAUAUUCUAAUUUAAAUGCCAAUUAUGAUACAAUAAUAGAUGUCAAGUAUCGGAAAUAUCGAUAUGAUGACCCUUCAACAGAAACCGGCUACAAAUGCAUCUGCAUUAGCCAUAAAUUCAGCUACAAUUUCAGCCAAUAAUAAUUCAAUGUUAAAUGGUAAUCAAUCAUCAUCUGCAUCAAACAAUAAUAAUAAUGGUAUCAACAUUGGUCAUCAACGUUUGGAUGAUACACGAUUAGAAUUGAUACGAUUACGACGAACAAAUGAUUAUUUUCGUGAAACAUUAGCCACAAAUGAACAUUUGAUACGUUUAUUGGAAGGCAUUCGUGAAUGUCUUGAACGUCGUAAUGAUGAUUUAAUGGAAAUUUGUACAUGUAAAAAUUUUUUACGUCCAGAAUUUUCACAAGAAUUGGAUAGUAAAGAUUUAUUAAAAGAUUUAUAUACACAAUAUUAUCAAGCUAAACAUGGAUUACCUGUAAAUCUUUCAUUAACAAAUGUAUCAUCCGAUCUUUCAUCAUCAUCAUCAUUAUCAUCAUCACCACCAUCAUCAUUGUCGUCAUCGCCUACAAAUAAAUUAACAAAUGGUUAUCAUGGAAGAAAAUCACCAUCUUCAUUAAAAUUAUCAUAUUCCGAUAAUAAACGUACAACACCACCAAGAGUGGAUACAACACAAUCAUUAUCAACAUCACCAAGUUCAACAUCGAAAUCAUCACCAACUACAACGACGAAAACGAAUAAUAUUCAUAACAAUAAUUUCCAUCAUGCACAUAUGAUGCAUAUACCGACAUCACCAUGCGGUUCAUCAUCAUCAGCAUCAUCAUCAUCAUUAUCAUUAUCACCAACAACAACAACGACAAACACCUCUUCCUGUUCAACGACAACUAAACAACAACCAUUAUAUAAUCAAAGAGAUAUUGAAUCAAUAAAUGUAUCAUCAUUAUCACCAUCAGCAGCAGCUAUUCUAACAAUAUCGGCUGCAUUAGCUGAAAUGGCUAAUAAUGGUAAAAGUAAUGGUCAAAAAAAUCGAUCAUCAUUGUAUGAACAGGCAAAAAAUGCAACAGCUGUUUUACAAGCUGCAGCUACCUCAUCAUCAUCAUCAUCAUCAUUAGUAAAUAUCUCCAAAAAUGAUUCAAAUUUAAAUUCCAUUCAAAAUGAUGAUUCAAAUUCAUCACAUUCAUUGCAGGAUAAUCUUGUCAUGACUACUGAUGGUGGUACAGCAACUAAUGGUUGUCGAUCGAAUUAUCGAAAUAAUAUUGAUGAUGAUGAUGAAUGUUGUAAAGAAAAUACCGAUACGGAUAUUGAUAAUCAAACAAUAACACGUCCAACAAGGUUACCAAUACUUAAAUCUAUGUUAUCACCUGGUGAUGAUGAUACAAUGAUGACCGAAGAAAAAAUUGGUAUGUGAUUCUGAUUUUAUUUCCUUGUAGAAAAGCCUUUUAAAAAUAUUUAUAUCAUAAUUACUAAUUUUUUAUAUUUGUCAUAUCGGAAAAAGACCAUUAUUAUCAAAUCCACACAAAAAUUAGAUAUUUUAGACAUUUUCAAUCAACGUCAUUCAUCAUCAUCAUCAUCAUCAUCAUCACGCUUUUUAU